AUGGCCGAAGUUGCUGGUGUCGUGUUAGGAGGGAUUCCGAUCGCCCUACUAGCACUUGAGAAAUACCAUGGCCCGGUGAAGACUUACUGGAACUUGAUUGGACUCGAACAAGCAAGCAUAGAUGAAGUACGAGAACGUCUCGAAGAAAAGUAUCCCCAUCAGCAGGAAGAAUUCCUAUCAAUUAUCGGAGCUAUGGACAAAAUCACCAGUAGCCUUCUGCACAAAUUGGAAGUUGAUAUCAAUGGCAAACCAUUGUGGACAGACGAAGCUCCGGGUCGAGUUCAAUGGGAGUGGCGUCGCAUAAAACGCAGCUUUAAUGUCAAAGAACGCAAGGCUCUCAUUGACGAACUGCAAUACUGGAACACAGCAUUAAAAAACUGCUUUGAGAAGCCGGAAGUGCCAGCCCAAGAUGAGGACACCAAAGUCCAAGAAUUGCAAGCUUCUUUCAACCCUAAAUACUGUCACUCAAUCCGUGUCAAUGUCCAAGCCAUCCAUGGAGCUCUCAAAGAAAGCUGGAACUGCCCCUGCCAAUGCUCCCAUCAUGCUACUAUUGGUCUAGACUGGCAGUCCGUAGAGCCAAAUCUUAACUCAGUGUUUGACAUUGCUCUUUCUUUCCGCGAUAGUCCUAUUCAAGAAGCUAGUGCUGAGCAUAGCUGGCGAAAAUUUCAGGUGAAGAUAGCAAGCACGGAUUCGAGAAACAUCGUUCCUGUCACGCUUCCGGUCCCGUCUCAACAAUCGCCCGAAGCAACACCACGAACGCCGUCACCGAUUUCUAGGAUGAGCAAAGCCUGGCAUUCUCUCUGGCAACAACAGAAUGAGCCGAACUCCAUCAAGAUUCCAGUUGCGUCUUGUGUUGAUACUGCUGAAUCCGGCAUUCUAUAUCAGCACUCGACGAAUGACAAGAUCUCUUGUCUUUGUGCUGAGGUCCGAAAACCUUCCAAAUCAUCUGCGGCCUUGGGGGUUUUGCCAGACCCAGACCAACAGGAGGAAAGAAAGUUUUGUCUCAGUCACGCAUCUGACACUAAGCCGCACAUUUUAAGACCCAUGCCACUGAAGUCGCUUUUGCCAGAGCAGCAAUCGAACCCAGAGUAUCAACUUCCGCCGCAUCUAGCUCUGUCGGCAAAACAGCGAUAUGGUUUCGCUGCUGCCGUAGCAUGGGCAGUUCUCCAUCUCAGCUGUACACCGUGGCUAUGCGACACUUGGGAUAGAGAGCAAAUCAAAGUUUUUCUUGAGAGCACCGCCGCUAGCCCGGUUACAGUUUCUCGAACUCCGUGCAUUUCUUACCUGUUUGAGACGCCCGUCACAGCGUCACAUCUGGAUACAGCCGGUCGCUUCAACAGCCAUCACAUUCGAAAUAAGACACUCUUUUCUCUUGGAAUUCUUCUGAUUGAACUUUGCCUCAACAAAUCAUUUGAAGAGUUUCGACCCCCAAACCCUGCAGGAAGUACAACGACCAGUAUACCCGAUGAUUUCAGAAUCGCGGAGAGCAAGAUAGACGAGGUUUACAAUCAGGCAGGAGAUUCAUAUGGCUACGCCGUCCAGCGUUGCCUCAGGUGCGAGUUUCCGGGACGUGAUGUUACCAAGAGUCUUGACUUCUCAACGUUCAGACGGCAUUUUUACAAUAAUUUUGUCGCUCCGUUGCAAGCAACAUAUCUCAGGUAUCCGGCAUCAUGUGCUGUAGUAUAA